AUGCUCCUCAACACGGCGCUGUUCUAUAUGAUGCUCACGGAGGCCGCCAUCUGCCUCGUGCUGAGCCUCCCGGUCGGCCAGUGGCUGUCGCACGCCGCCGUGUCGUUCCUCAUGCGCGCCAUCGGGCGCAGAGACUCACUGGCCAACACCGUCGCGACGGUCGUCCUCGCGCUCGUCUCUCUGCUGUUCCUCUCCGACGUGUCGACCGUCUACAAACACCACUCGUCGGACGAAGUGCUGGGCGACGGCCUGCGCGUCCGCCUGCUCACGGCGCAGCGCGACAUGUACAUCACGGGCUUCUGCCUCUUUCUCUUUCUGCUGCUGCGGCUCGUGUACAUUGCGCUGGCGACGAACCUCCGCCUGGAAAAGAGUCUCGAGGCCAUGACGAAGCAGGCGGAGGGAGCGGCCAGUGGCUACACGUCGCUCCUCGAGGAGAACGAGUGCUUGACGAAGCAGACGCACAAGUUGCACGCGCUGUUGGACGACGGCAGUGGCAAUGACGACGCUAAGGGAUCCAAAGUGGACGUCCUGGCGCGCCUGGUGCAGGAGAAUGCCGACCUCGAGGAGCAGGUGCGAGCGGCUGCGGAUAAGCGGACAAAGGCGGAGAAUGAGGUAGCGGCCGUGACGAAGCAGGCGGAAGGACAGAGUGCGGCCUUCAUGACGCUGCUGGAGGAGAAGCAGACGCUGGACAAGCAGCUCGAGACGGCCGCGUCUCAGCGCAGCCAACUCGAGCGCCAGCGCGAAGAGAUCGCGACGCUGACGGCCGAGCGGGACGCGUUGAAGAGCCAGAUCCACGACUACGACUUUAUGUUUGCCGAGGCCAAGAAGAAGGCCGAGUGA